AAUUAUUGUGGAUUGAUUUUUCAGCAAACUUUUGAUUGGGGUGUAAUCCUAUAGACAAUGAAUGAAGAAACUCCAUUUGAAUUUUCACUUAAACAAAACUAAAUGGACGUGUUUUCUUUUUAGAUGUAAAAACCAUGUAAAUUUAUUUCGGUUUGACUUGGAAUGUGAUUAUAUGGAUAAUCCAACGAAGAACUGCAUCUGAGUUUCAUGCAACGAAUCCCAAUAAUGAAAAGGAUCAACGAGUUCGAAUAGCCGUCCCCAAUCACUGCCAUUAGCUUUCACCUCCUGAAAUGUCUGCAAGUCUGCAGAGAACAAGUGGCUAGUCAAUUCAAGCAAAAGGAUUGUUAAUCUAAAUUAUUUUAUCAAAGAGCGCGAACGGAUUAACGAGAGUGAACGCGCGCAAAUUUUCGCCUCAAUCAACCGUCAAAUAAAUCAGCGAGUUCUUUUGCGAUUUUUGUUUAUCGCAUUGUGUUGACUGUUAUUGUUGUUAAUCGAUAAGUGGCAAUAUUCUAAAAUGUGCGAUUUGAUACGAUAAAGUGAUUGUUUGUGUGCGAACUUUAUACAUCCGAACGCCGUUGUAGAUUAUUUUCGGAUAUAAUUUCAUUAGUUUAUCCUCCUAAAACGAGACUAAAUUUCAUACGUCUCCAAUAAUCCUGUUAGCAUGAUGGAGACAUCAGUGGACCCACCCGUGGAUCAGCAGAGGUCGACAAAUAUUCCUCCGCCUCCUUCCGAGACAGAUCACAAAGAUCUUCCACCAAUGGACAAAUCUGUACGAGAUCCUCAAAUUGCAUCUAAAGGAAAUGAACACUCCAUGACACUGUCCACUAAAAUGUCGACAGAUCAGUUAAUUUGCAAAAGUCCACAACAUUCAGCUAAUGGAUCAGUUGCUUCUUUAAAGAAAAGAAAAAUGUUAACGCCAAAUAGGAUCCUCAUGAGCUUAGGAAUUUUGCAGUUUGUAUUUGGAUUUUUAAUGGUGCUGUUUGGAGUUUAUGUAAUCGCAUACAGGGCCAGCCUAAGCUAUUUGGGCGCUGGGGUAUGGGGCGGAAUCCUGUCGAUGAUUACUGGAAUAUCAGGAACUUUGGCAGCAGCAAAGCAUUUCUGCCCUUUCAACAAUACGGCUCAGAAGUUUGCACAUACGACGUUUCUAGCUCUGAGCUUAAUAAGCAUCGCUGUGAGUCAGCUUGUGGUCGUCAUUGCCAGCACUGGACUAGCCAGAGAUGUAAAUAGUGUGGAAUUUCAAGAGGCCAUGGGAAAAGUUGAGUUCCAUAAGAUGAGCAUGUUUCAAAAAGUCACUGGGGAAAUUUCCCAAAACUAUCGAGGAAUUCUUUUCAACGUGGCAUUGAUAAUCGUUUCAAGUGUUGAAUGCAUAGUAGCGGCGAUUGCAUCAUAUCGGAGUUCGAGGGAAUUAUGCCCUUGCUUCAGGAAAAAUGAAGAUUAUUAUCAGGAUAACUUAAAUAUGCAUCGAAGCCAGGCUCUGGUAAGCUCCUGGCUAAUGGAAAAGCAUGGAGCUUCUCAUGCUCCUCAAAUCUAUGUUGUCACUGGGCCUCCAUCUAGUUUGGGAAGAGGCAGCAAUAUUUCAAAUGUAAUGCCAAUGUCCCUAUAUGCGCUACCAGCUCCCAUGCUACAGCAACAAAUGAUGGGUUAUCCCUUAAUUCCUGCACCACUGGGAUCAGUGCCUUCCCCAAUAAUUCCUCCACCUAACCGAAAACUAAUAAAAAUGUCUAAGCAUGACAAGCCAAAAUCGCGUUCUAAAUCGAAGUCGCGAAGCAGAGAACCUACUCCGAAACGAUCGUCCAGAUCCAAAUCCAAGUCCAAAAAUCGUGAAACACAAAUGACUGAUGAAGAAGUUGUAAAGACAUAUACAGGAUUAGAUAGAGCUAUGGCUGAAGAAUUUAUCGAUAUUUGCGAAAUGAAACACGCCAGUUUAUGCAGCGAUAUCAGUUGUAUUGAUAGCACUUGUCAAAGUCCAUGCAGUUCUUCGGCAGAGGGAUGUCACACCAACAGCGACGCGAAUUCCCAAGACUAUUUAGUUAAUAAGUAACUCAAACCAAAAAAAAGCUCAUGGUUCAAAAAAACAAAAUGGAAAACAAAUAAAAAAAUUAUUGAAGCUGCAGUUUUUGAUUCGGCUUCAAUAUCAUCCAGUAUAGAUAGAUAUAUUAUAUAAAAAUGCUCUCUGAUUUACCUUAGUUUGUAAGUAAUUGUUAUGUUUGUAUAUAUGGAAAGCUUUUAUAGCAGAGACUGCGUCUAAAUAAUACAUAUUACUCAUCUAUAAUCUUAAUAAGAGUUUGUGUAAAUAACAAAAUUUUAUAUUAUGUUAAUAUAUUGUUAAUAUAUCAUAUUUGAUUGCUUUUCACAUAUUGAGUUUCUAAACUAUUAGGGAUUUGUCUAUAAUGAAAAUCAUUACUAUGUAAAGGGAUUUGAUUCUAAAUUACUAUUAUCACAAAUCACUUUAAUAAUGAUGAAUCACAAGUGUACUUAAAUCUACGUGUGAUACUUCUGUAUGUGUACCUAAUGUGAAAUAAAACUCAUAUAAAAUAA